AUGGGAGCCUGCAACUCGUGCGAGGCCACGGCUGUGGCGGCGGCGCCGGGGUCGACGGCGGAGGAGGCGAGGGUUGUGCUCGUGGACGGCUCCCUGCGGCGGUUCCCGGGCGGCACGCGGGCGUCGCAGGCCGUGAAGGCGGCCGCCGGCACGGCCGCGGCGGCGGCCUCGUGGUUCCUGUGCAGCGCGGACGGGCUGGAGCUCGGCGGCGCCGUGGCGGCCGUGGGGUCGGAGGAGGCGCUGCAGCCCGGGCAGCUGUACUUCGUGGUCCCCGCCGCGAUGCGGCGCCGCCCGCUGCAGGCGGAGGAGAUGGCCGCGCUCGCCAUCCGCGCCAACGCCGCGCUGGUCGGCGACCACGACGGCCCGCUCGUGUUCCCGGAGGCCGCCGCCGCGGCCGCCGGCAACGGCAACGGCGCGCGGUCCGGCAAGGCGUGCCGGAGGUCCAGGAGGGGCAGCAGCCGCGGCAGGGACUUCGUGCCGGACCUCGGCGCCAUUGCCGAGUAG